AUGCGCACACUUUCCGCCCGCCUCCAUGAACUCGAAUCCAGCAGUCCUGCUUCGUCGAAGCCAUCAGGAAUCCCGGCUGCGGGUGGUCUGCGUCGCAUCUUGAAUGCACCCAAGUCACCAACUUAUGUCGGACCCACAAGUGCAGAGUUCGGUCUUAAUCGUCCACAAUCAUUUUCUUCGGAUGAGAAAGAGGCUGCUGAAGGUCGUGACGAAUUAGACCUAUCAACAGUUGCCCCGAGCCCUGCACCGUCCGACGAGGGCGAGAAUGUCGCCACUGGGGAUCCUCUGGAAAGCCUAGGGCUCAAUGAAACACUCCGUUUGGUACAGAUAUAUGAGGACACGGUCGGUGUGAUGUACCCUUGUGUCGACUUGGAGAGUGUGCGCGCAUAUGUCUUGGAAUACUAUCGCUCUAAUUCAACAACCGGGCCUUCCGAAUCGAUGGCACCCGUUGCCGAUGAUUGGUUCUCUGCAAGAGAUGCCCAAGUUCUCAAGAUAUUGCUGGCAACUGCUUUGCUGGCGGAAUCGCACGGUCGCAGUGAACGUGCUGCCCAUCUAGCCGACAGUGUCGAAGACCGUUUUGCGAGCAGACUAAAAGUCGCCGAAGUCGACAUGAAAGAAAUUCUCAUUCUGACCUUGUUGUCCAUCUUCCAUUCUUAUCGAGACGACGAAGUCAUUGCUUGGCGAUUGAUCGGGAUGGCAGUCCGAGGGAGUACAGAACUAGGCCUACACCGUCAAGACACCUGGCAAAAGACUGGAGGUGUUUUUCCGGGGGAAUUGGAGUGGACAUGGGCGAGUCGACUAUUCUGGUGUAUCUAUGUACUGGACCGGAAAUGGUCCUUUGGAACAGGUCUUCCCUUUGCGAUUCAAGAUGCGGAUCUGGAUGUCAACCUACCUGAGCCGGGCCACUCCACACCAUACCUGACAUGUAUGAUCUCUUACGCUCGUCUGAGCACAAAGAUAUGGGGGCUGGUUGUGGGCUGGUCCAAUCGUUCACAGGCAGCGACUUUAGACGGUGUCGCCUAUUUGGAUGCUCAAGUCCAACAGUGGAUUCGUUCAAUUCCACGCGAACUACGAUUCGAUCCAAGCUGGCGCUCUCCGGAGGGAUCGGAGCAUACCGACCGAGCCAUGAUGCUUCAAGUUCUUCUUGCUCUGCAGGCUAAUCAGCUCCGAAUUCUUGUCUACCGCCAAAAUCUUCUAAGUGGUGAACGGAUUGCAGACAACCUUGUGGGCGCGUCAACCGCCGUAGAGACAGCCAAGAGCACUGUGCACAUGCUGGAUUAUUUCAGCCGGGUUUCAAGUAUAUACUUCCAGCGCCCGGAGCCAUUCAAUUACUUUCUGUUAUCAGCUCUUGCGGCCCUCUUCUUGGCUGUCUUACAUGCUCCAUCGCGUUUCAGCCACGCCUGCCGACCCGAGUUUUAUACGGCUGUAGAUAUGGUCCGACGCUCGGCAACCCGGGCCCGUACCUCACGGAGAUUGCAGAAAAUCAUACACAGCCUGAAGCUGAUUCAAUUGAAUAUUCGGCUGGACGAUGCCGGUCGCCAAUCCGUUCGUCGCGGCCCGAGUGGAGGUUUAAAGGACGAUCCGUCGGAUCCCUAUUCGCUUUCUACCUCGCAAACAAGUCUGCAGUUAUCUCACGCAAUCUGGAAUACCACCCCGCGGUCUGGCACAGCACAGUCACCCGGGCAGUACACUCCUAGCCUUCACCAAACUUCCGGAAUCCCUACUCCUCAGCCCUCGUCUACCACCCUCUGGCCAAUCUCACCCGGGAUAGUAACAGGAGCAGAGACAAAUGGCUGUGAAGACUUAAGCAGCUUCUUUGAGAUUGCAGGCGGGUUCUAUUUUGACCCCCACACUGAUCCGGACGUCUCCGUAGACGUGGGCUUGACUCAGACAAGCGACACACGAUUGCCUAAUGCGUUAGAUGCUUUUCACGCCGAAGAUGAGGCAUUGACUCGAGUGAUGGCAGGUCUACUGUGA